UCCGUCCAACAAGCUGAUUGUCAAAUUGGACUGUCAAAGUUGUUGGAAGGAACAAUAUCGAGUCGUAGUCGGUGGAUCUUGUGCCGCGUAGUGUUUGGAGCCAGUUUCGACUAAUUCUCUUAAGAUGUCAACUGUGAAGUUAUUCUCGCUGGCCAGAUUGGGCAACCGAGCAACGUUCCAACAAGCAGUUCGCACUUUUGCAUCUCGUGAGUUAGUGAAACCAGAAAAGGGUUAUAUAUACGUCAACAAUGAGGAGCCAAGCAUGGAAUUUAAAGAUAUCACAGACCGUGCAGCGCAAACAAUGUUCUGGACUGAACUGGCGCGCGGAUUCGGUGUAACCCUUGCCCAUAUUUUCAAAGAACCCGCGACAAUCAACUACCCAUUUGAAAAGGGACCGCUAAGUCCACGAUUCCGUGGUGAACAUGCCCUGCGUCGCUAUCCAAGUGGCGAAGAACGUUGUAUCGCCUGCAAAUUGUGUGAAGCAAUCUGUCCGGCACAGGCUAUUACUAUUGAAGCUGAAGAACGAGCUGACGGCAGUCGAAGGACGACCCGAUAUGAUAUCGAUAUGACAAAAUGCAUCUAUUGCGGAUUUUGUCAAGAAGCGUGCCCAGUUGAUGCUAUUGUUGAAGGACCCAAUUUCGAAUUCUCCACUGAAACCCACGAAGAGUUGCUCUACAAUAAGGAAAAGUUGUUGAGCAAUGGAGAUAAAUGGGAAUCGGAAAUUGCUUCGAACUUACAAGCUGACCACUUGUAUCGUUAGACAUUUUUUUGUUUUUUUAGGAAAUAUAACAACUUCAAACCGAAUGGAAGUUAUACGAAGCGAUCAUCUUCUUUCGUGUCAGAAUUUAAAACUGAAUAAACUUCCUUAGAAAAUAUAAUAAUCACGCA